AAAAAAGGUUAAAAAAACGGGAACUAUGAUAUUUUAAGCAACAUUUUUACACAGCAAAUGUGAACAAUUAUUACAGUGCAUUAAAUAGUGUUUAGUUAGCCGUGAUCAAACAAUUUGCUAUCCGCCAUACCGCGUUGGAUAUUUCUCGUUCGGUUAUGGUUAAAAAUUACAAAUGCUGCAAAAAACUGACGAAGUGUAGUGAAGUGACUUUUAAGAGUGUCUUGUGCAAAUCAAGUACUUUAAUCUAAAAUCCUAAGCACUGUUUUAAAUAAAUCACAAUAUCAUAUGUGUUAUAUACGAUUUAUUUGCAAGCUAAGUAAUUAGUCGAUUGGCACUUGCGACGAGUCGUUGGGAACAUCGAACACAUUGAGGCUUCCGGAUCGAAUCCUGCCGCUUUCAUACCUACGAAACGACGUUUACUUUUAUUUUAUUUUAUUUUUUAUUUUUUUUACCACUAAACAACAAUGGAAGACCAAUUUCAAUUGUUGUUUGAGAAAAUGAGAAUUGAAAUGAAGGAACAAAAUACAAAAUUGGAAGAAUCGUUAACUAACAAAAUAAUAAAUAGAAUUGAUGAGAAAUUAAAACCUAUCUUAGCAGAAAAUGAAAACCUAAAAUUAAAAGUCGCAACCUUAGAAAACGAAGUCGAAUAUUUAAGAAGAGAAAAAAAGGAAAACAAUUUAGUCAUUUUUAACUUGAAAGAGGAGGAAUGUAGUAGUACCGAGUUAUUGCAGAAUGUCCAAAGGCAAUGUCUGGCGGAUUUAAAUAUAACACUCGAAAAAACAGAGGUAAAUAAAAUAUACCGUAUCGGAAAACCGACAAAACAGGAAGGAAAACCAAGGCCCAUUUUAAUAUCCUUCGUUAAUAGUUGGAAGAAACAGGAAAUCUUAAAAAAUAAGAGAAAGUUCAAGCAAUUGUUUAUUUCUGAAGACUUUUCCAAAGAAGUGUUAGAAAAAAGAAAAUUAUUGAAAUUAAAAUUAAUAGAAGAACUAAAGAAUGGCAAGAUUGCAUAUUUAAAAUACGACCAACUUAUAGUCAAGGAAAAUGUUUCUAACACAGACAAAAGGAAGAGAGAACUAUCAGCUUCUCCACAAACUGAACAUAUGGCUCAACCAAAAAAACAACAGGCACUUCUUUCGUCUAAAACUAACCGAACAAAUGCUUUUGACAUGAUGAGGGCCAGAUCGAACUCUCUUUCUAAACCUACUUCCUCUGAUAAAAGAUCAUAGCAACCAUGUGUUGGUACCCAGAAAACAAAUAAAAUAAUAAGAACAAUCUCCCCCAAUACGGCUGGUCCCCGUGGGGGCAGUAGACCACCACCCUCCACCCAAAAAAUAGAAAAACACUCUCGCCUUAUUCAAGGCACACGAAUUUGUACAAUGAAUGUAAGGUCGCUCGUAGGCAACGGCCGUCAAGAGGAAUUAGAACAUGCUCUGCAAACCAUAAAGUGGGAUAUUCUUGGUCUCUCUGAUAUAAGAAAAGAGGGAACACACAUUAUUGAAUACGAAGACUACAUCUUUUUAUACACCGGAAAGAAAAGUGGAAGAAAUGGUGUAGGAUUUAUGGUUAAAAAGGAGUUGAAAUCAAAUAUUGUAGAUUUCGAGGUUCUAUCAGACAGAGUAGCAAAACUUGAAAUGUCCUUUAAUAAUUAUAAGAUUAACAUAAUUCAAGUCUAUGCCCCCACAGCGAAGUCAAGCCAAGAAGACAUAGAUAUUUUUUAUGAUAGCUUAAAUAAUGCACUAGUAAAUUCUCUGCCAUACACAAUUGUGCUUGGAGAUUUUAACGCACAAAUAGGCCGAGCCACUCCAGAUGAAAAGUUGGUUAUGGGUUUAUGGGGACACGGUAAGAGAAGCGAGCGAGGCAAACGACUUAUUGACUUUUGUUUAGAAAAACAACUGUUUAUUGUGAACUCUUAUUUCAAGAAAAA